GCCGGCCCGCCGCCGGCCGCUCAGAAAUGUAACCAAACGCCCCAAACCUCAAACAAAUCCAGUCUUCCAGCGGUCGUACCGCCAUGUAUUAGUAUUAGCAUUAUGUAGUUUAAACAUUAGUCUUAAGAAACCAAGUCUUCCAUUAGUAUUAAGUAUUUUAAGAUGCAAAGAGGUAGGGCGGCGCGACGCGAACAGAACAACCGAGUUGUAUUCGAGCGACUCUGGCGGGGUACAUUCCAAGCGGUGCUCGCAGGACCACAGCAAAGAGCGCGUGCUUCCUCGCACGAUCCUAUUUCUGAUUCGUCUGUGGUCCCCGUGACCAUGCAACAGGGGACGACCAAUGCAGACGACAAUUUAGAGCCAGCGCUGAGAACUCUGCUAGCGACCCUGAGAAACUCAUGUUGUUGCCGAUGCAAUUGCUCGCAACCAGAGCGCAACAAUUUUAACGACAAUUUGCAGGUCUGUCUCUCCAAUGAUGAGGAGAGGAAGUCCAUGCGAUCUGUAAUCAGCGUACGAGAGACGCACGCGAUCGCUGAAGCGCAGCAAGAAAAAAACGCGAGGUUACGCGACGCGUUCGGGAUCUCGCCUCGCUUUGUGGAGGGCACCAGCCUGGACCCGGAGCGGCGAGCGCGGGAACAAGCGCAGCGGUACCCACUCGUGCGGACGCCCAGUCACGAGAGGGAGGAACGGGACGUGCACGUGACCAAAAAGAAAAAAAAGAGAAGUACAUCACCAGAAGCUAAGAAAAUAAAGAAAAAGAAGUCUAAGAAGAAUAAAAAAGAGAAGCAAGAGUCAAGUAAGAAAAAGAAGAAACGGUCCAAAUCACCGGACACGGAGAGCUCGAGUAGCUCCGAAGCGGCGCAGGAAAGCGACUCUGGCAGCUCUGAAGAUGAAAGGCAGAAAAAAAAGAAAAAGAAAAAGUCGAGUAGCAGACGGCGAGGCAGUAGCGAGCCGUCGAGUCGUGAUAAUUCCCCAGUUAAACACAAUAAAGAGAGGCUGCGAGAACGUAGGAGUGAAAGCAGGCAGGAUGAUGUGCAGAACAGGAAGAAGGAUAAGGAGCGUGACGAGAGAAAAAGAUACGAUAAAAGAGAAGAAACUUCCAAUACGAAUUCCCGACAGAAGGAGUUCAGUAAGAGGCGGGAUGAUCGUAGCACAUCGAGAGAUGAUCACGAUCCUUCACCUGAAUAUCGGCAUAGAUCAUACAUUACCAAAGUAGAAAAUAAAAAACAAAGAGAACCAUCUAGAGAAAGUGAAAGGCCAAAAACAACGCAACGCUCUAAACGCGCUCGUCACUCUUCUCCAGAAUCAGAUUCAGAAGAACCACCACCCAAACGUAAAGCAGAUAAAAGAGACAAGAAACAAAAAAAUAAGGAUACUAGUUCCUCGCCACCACCAGAAAAGAAAAGACGCAAAAGUCCAUCGCCUGACUGCAAGAGGAAAGCUGAGAGUCCAGUUAGAGAAAGCUAUUACAAUAGAAAAGACGUAGCUAGAAAUCGUAGAGCUAGCUUGUCACGGGAAGAUACCAGAACGAAAAAAAGGAGCGAAUCUCCAGAUUACCGAAAGAGAAAACAAGAAGAUUACUACAGAAAAGAAAAAGAAGAAAAGUAUGAAAAAAGUAAAAAGGGCAACGAACGUUAUGAGGAAGAGCCAUUGAAACGUAAAGAUAGAGAUAGAGAAAAUUAUGAUGAUCCCCCGAGACGCAAAAAAAAUAGAAGUCCUUCAAGGGAGAAGCGUGAUACCUCACCCGAAUAUAAAGAACGAUCUCCAGUGAGUAAGUCAUAUAAAAAUAGGGAAUCUCGUCGAGAAGUUGAAAGGCAUUAUAAAAAGUCUAAAUCAGAAAGAAAAACAUCAUCUUCCGGUUCAGAAUCUGAACGGCCUUCUAAAUAUACUGUAGAUAGAAAUGUGAAAAGCAAGUUUCGUUAUGAGAAAGAUAAAAGUAUGUCUCCACCUCCCAGAGAACAUCGAAGGAGGAGUUCUUCAGAACAAGAUCGCAAAAAACAGGAAUCGCCACCUCCCACAAAUAAAAUAGAGAAAUAUAAAUCAAAUAAAAUUACAGAAAAUAGACGCGAACGAAGUCGAUCAAGAAAAAAGUCACCAAUACCUGAAGAAAGAGGCAAACGUAAAAGAUCUCCAACUAAGUCAGAAUCGCCUUCUCCAGAUCGAAAGAGUACAAAGAAGGAUAAGUUGAGAGACAAUCCACCAAAUAAUUUAAAAAGUAAAAAGUCCGAGCGUAUGUCUACACCUAAGGGUGAUCACAGACAUGAAAAAGAUCAUAAACAUGAACGUCGCGACUCGCACAGAGAUAAAUCACGAUCUCGUUCGGUACAUAAAAGCCGAAGUACCUCUAGCCUCAGUUAUUCUCCGGCGCGUCGAAGCCCUGAGCGCUAUCGCGAUAUUAUAGAGAAACUGCCCGAAAAAGACAAACGCAAAUACAUUAAAUCGCCGUCAGAUUUAAACCCAAGGAGAAAGAAAAUUAAAGAGCUCAUGGAAAAUUAUAAACCAAUGGCGGUAUGCAUGAGAAGUUCUUCAAGCGAGAACGAGGACUCUGAAGGCGAUUACCUCAGGUUAGAUGAGCGAGUGCGUCAGGACGAGUUGGACAUCGAAGAGCUGAAUAGAUUGAAGGAGAAGAUGGCUAUGAUGGCUAAGACGGCCAACCGGUGGGCCGAGGAGACGAACGGGCCGUCGACGUCCCACACCAGUAGUGGCGAGUCAAAGCCGAAGGAAGAAAAGUUGAAGGACAAAAUCUGUACCGAGACGAAAAAAGAAAAGGAGAAGUCUCCCGUAGUCAUUGAAAAGAAAGCCAGCCCGCUGCCUAAGUCUAGUUCUAAAAAAGAUAAGAGCCCUAAGGUUACGGAAAGUUCCCCCGAUGGGAAGCGACACGACAGGAGCGCAUCGCGGCGAAGUUGGUCGCGUUCAUGUUCGCGCUCGCGCCGCUCGUCACGCUCCGCUCAUUCACAGCGCUCCGCUCGCUCACAGCGCUCCGUUCGCUCACAACGCUCAGCUCGCUCACAGCGCUCAGCUCGCUCACAGCGUUCCGCUCGCUCACAGCGCUCCGCUCGCUCGCCAACCUCGGCUCGCUCCCCGCGUUCACCACACUCGCGAACUAAGUCGCGCUCGCGCUCCGCGUCGCGCUCCAGAUCUCGCUCGUCACGAUCGAGGUCGCGAUCCUACUCCUCAUCGAGACGUUCUCGUUCUAGUCGGUCCACCUCUUACAGCAGUCGAAGCACGUCGAGGUCGUCCCGCAGUUCCUCCAGGUCCACAAGAUCAUCGAGAACAAUGACGGGCGUGUACGCCGAUUACCGUAGAUCGAGCCCGUCGGCUGCGCGCAGUCGGUCGCGUUCGCCGUCGAUCCCGCGGCGCGCCGGAUCGCCCAGUUUCUUGGAUAGGAGGCGCAUCACGAGUGCCCGUAAGCGUCCAAUACCGUACCGGAGGCCUACCCCGUCGACGCCGACCAGUGGCAGUUAUUACAGCAGCAGGUCAUCACAGAGAAGUUGGUCCAGAUCUCCGCCACAGCCUGAGCACGAAUAAUACCAACUCGGACAUAUAAUCACUGGUACACUGCGAAAACCACUUGAACAUAUUUUUUUAGGAAAAGUAUCUCUCUCCAUUCAACUGAUAUUUACUUAUUUCAAAAGUUUGUUCUACUUUUAUAUAUUUUCUUUAACAAGUGGUUUUUACAGUGUAAUGACGAUACUAACAAAAAUAGCGAAUCUUAGCUAUAUAAAUUAUAUAUGAAAUUCAUGUGAAGGGAACAAAGAGCGAACCGUAAGCUUCUAUUUCCAUAGAGCAAAUAGCUAAUGAUUGUUUUUUAACACAGUUUACCUUGUUUUAUACAAACAUGUGUGCUAAUAUUUAAUUAGAAUGAUAUGAUAUUAUUUUGUGAUUUCCCAAUACUCAUAAUAUACUAGUCUUUUUGUUUGUUGUAAAAACAUAUGAAUACUGGAAUUAGAUUUAGGAUAGUACAACAGGAGACGAGCGCACGGAAUGUACAACGCAAUACCACGACCAUAUUGACUGAUAAAAUAUGUGCUAAUAAACAUAUUUAUAUCGCUGGGUGAUGUUUACAGACGAUAAUUUAUAGAUGUAUAAGGUAAAUGUCUUAUUUUUUGUGUUCUUAUAAAAAAUACGUGAUCAAAUAUCAAAUUGUGUAGUCUUUAGGGUUUUUAUAUCUAGUCGAAAAAUAUUUACAAACUGCGAUCAUUCCAAGUCAAAUCUAUUUAUGAUCUCUUAUUUAUUAUUCUCUAU